UCAUGGGAAGUGAUGAGCAUCAGGCUCUUCUAGCUUUCACUACUCCUCUGCACCAUGAUCAACACGUACCAGACGAGCAUGGCCCCGCCACCGGUGCCUCCGCGCGCCGGCAGGUCCCAGCCGAUCCUCAUCCCGGCCACACUUCCAUCGCGGGGCCACAGCAAGCCCCUCAUUCGCUUCUUGCUGGGUGCGGUGAUGCUGCACUUUCUGCUUUCUGUUGGAGGAUUCAUCUUUUUGUAUUACUACAACGAAAAACCGGCUUUUCCUAGAAGCGGUGCCACUGCUGCCAGAAUAGCUGGUCGUCCCCAAAUGCCAGAACAGGAAACAUCCGACAGACCCUUGGCUCACAUGAUAGCUAAGAACGCUACAAGCAGAAAACCGGGCAAUCUAGAGUGGAACAGGAGCCACUCGGUUUUUACGAACAUCAACACUUUCCACAACAGCUGGGUGACCAUCCUGGAGCCGGGCAGCUACUAUGUCUACUCCAGCGUGACCUUCUCCAAAGGCGACGCCAAGGUCCCACUAGUCAGCUGGGUCCAGCUGAGGAAGAGCGAGAGCGCCAGGGAGAAGGUUGUGAUGAAGGCCUACUGCAGCCUCAGCAGCUUCAGCUCUGAGUCCAACCCUCACAUGUGCACGGCCACACGGGGGGAGGUGAUCAUGCUGGAGGCAGGAAACCAGCUCAGCGUCUACGUGCAAGACCUCUCGCUUAUAGACUACGCCGAAGGUGCAACAACCUUUGGGAUGUAUAAACUGUAGGACUCCUGCGUGAGCACGUGCAUGGACCUAAGCGGAGGACAGGAAACUACUGAAGUGAAUGGACCUGGAUUUAUAUCUACAGAGAACACAAAAGUCUUUUCUGUGGAUUUGAGAGACACAAACCAACUAAAACUAUAAUUUAUUAAAUCAUAGAUUUUUUUUUGAAUGUUUGAUAUUUAUUAAUGUGAAGUGGAUUGUAUUACUGACUUUUAAGAUAUAUAUAUAUAUAUAUUUAAUCAAAAAUGCCAUAUUCUCCCCUUUAUUGUCUUGCAUCUGCCCGGUUCCAAAGGUUACGUAGAGUACGUAGACACAAACUACAACACUGGGACUCAAACACCACCUGACUGAUGGUUUUUAGUGUUGGUGUUGGAUUAUAACACUGCAGCAUUUAUGAAUACACUCAACCAGCA